GAUGGCCGGGCGCCUCGGUUCCGCUGCUGUCUGCGGCCGCGAGCCCCAUUCAUUGCCGCUCUGUUGAGCGGCGCCGCCAGCCGGCUCGAGGACUUUGGGGACGCCCUGCGGGGCAGGAGGCAGCCAUGGCGACCCUGGAGAAGCUGAUGAAGGCCUUUGAGUCUCUUAAGUCUUUUCAGCAACAGCAACAGCAGCAGCAGCAGCAGCAGCAGCAGCCGCCACCGCCACCGCCGCCACCUCAGCUUCCUCAGCCGCCGCCGCAGGCACAACCGCCGCCGCCCCAGCCGCCCCCGCUGCCGCCGGGCCCGGCGGUGUCUGAGGAGCCGCUGCACCGACCAAAGAAAGAACUUUCAGCCACCAAGAAAGACCGAGUGAAUCAUUGUCUGACAAUAUGUGAAAACAUAGUGGCACAAUCUCUCAGAAAUUCUCCAGAAUUUCAGAAACUUCUGGGCAUCGCUAUGGAACUUUUUCUGCUGUGCAGUGAUGAUGCGGAGUCAGAUGUCAGGAUGGUGGCUGAUGAGUGCCUCAACAAAGUUAUAAAAGCUUUGAUGGAUUCCAAUCUUCCAAGAUUACAGCUUGAGCUCUAUAAGGAAAUUAAAAAGAACGGUGCCCCUCGAAGUUUGCGAGCUGCCCUGUGGAGGUUUGCCGAGCUGGCUCACUUGGUUCGGCCUCAGAAAUGCAGGCCUUACCUGGUGAACCUUCUGCCAUGCCUGACUCGAACAAGCAAGAGACCUGAGGAAUCAGUCCAGGAGACUUUGGCUGCAGCUGUGCCCAAAAUUAUGGCUUCUUUUGGCAAUUUUGCAAAUGACAACGAAAUUAAGGUUCUGUUAAAGGCUUUCAUAGCGAAUCUGAAAUCCAGUUCUCCUACCAUCCGGCGGACAGCAGCUGGGUCAGCCGUGAGCAUCUGUCAGCACUCACGAAGAACACAAUACUUUUAUAGCUGGCUACUGAAUGUGCUCUUAGGUUUGCUAGUUCCUGUUGAAGAUGAACAUUCCACCCUCCUGAUUCUGGGUGUGCUGCUCACACUGAGGUAUUUGGUGCCCUUGCUGCAGCAGCAGGUCAAAGACACAAGCCUCAAAGGCAGCUUCGGGGUAACACAGAAAGAGAUGGAAGUCUCUCCCUCUGCAGAGCAGCUGGUCCAGGUGUAUGAACUGACCUUGCACCACACGCAGCACCAAGACCACAAUGUCGUGACUGGAGCCCUGGAACUCCUGCAGCAGCUCUUCAGAACUCCCCCACCUGAGCUCCUGCAGGCUCUGACUACGCCAGGCGGCCUGGGGCAGCUCACUGUGGCCAAAGAGGAGUCUAGUGGGCGAAGUCGUAGUGGGAGUAUUGUGGAGCUUAUAACUGGAGGGGGUUCCUCAUGCAGCCCUGUCCUUUCAAGAAAACAAAAAGGCAGAGCGCUCUUAAAUGAAGAAGCAGCCUUGGAAGACGACUCUGAAUCGAGGUCAGAUACCAGCAGCUCCGCCUUUGCAGCCUCUGUGAAGGAUGAGAUCGGUGGAGAGCUGGCAGCUUCUUCAGGGGUCUCCACUCCGGGGUCAACUGGCUAUGACAUCAUCACUGAACAGCCACGGUCACAGCACACGCUGCAGGCAGACUCGGUAGAUCUGGCCAGCUGUGACUUGACGAGUGCUGCCACUGAUGGGGAUGAGGAGGACAUCCUGAGCCACAGCUCCAGCCAGGUCAGCGCUGUCCCAUCUGACCCUGCCAUGGAUCUCAACGAUGGAACCCAGGCCUCUUCACCCAUCAGCGAUAGCUCCCAGACCACCACUGAAGGGCCCGAUUCAGCUGUGACCCCUUCAGAUAGUUCUGAAAUUGUGUUAGAUGGUGCUGACAGCCAAUAUUUGGGCAUGCAGAUCGGACAGCCCCCGGAGGAAGAUGAGGAAGCUGGCAGUGUUCUUCCUGCUGAAGCCUCGGAUGCUUUCAGAAACUCUUCGAUGGCCCUUCAACAAGCACAUUUAUUGAAAAACAUGGGUCACAGCAGGCAGCCUUCUGACAGCAGUAUAGAAAAAUUUGUGUCAAGAGAUGAAGCUGCUGAACCAGGUGAUCAAGAAAACAAGCCUUGCCGCAUCAAAGGUGACAUAGGACAGCCUGCUGAUAAUGAUUCUGCGCCUCUUAUCUAUUGUGUCCGCCUUUUAUCUGCUUCAUUUUUGCUAAUGGGAGAAAAGAAUGUGCUUGUUCCGGACAGGGAUGUGAGGGUCAGUGUCAAGGCCCUGGCCCUCAGCUGUAUCGGGGCAGCCGUAGCCCUUCAUCCAGAAUCUUUCUUCAGCAAACUGUAUAAAGUACCUCUUGACACCAUGGAAUACCCUGAGGAGCAGUAUGUCUCAGACAUCCUGACCUACAUUGAUCAUGGAGACCCACAGGUCCGAGGAGCCACUGCCAUCCUCUGUGGGACCCUCAUCUGCUCCAUCCUCGGCAGAUCCCGCUUCCACGUGGGAGACUGGAUGGGCACCAUUAGAACUCUAACAGGAAAUACAUUUUCUCUGGUGGACUGCAUUCCUUUGUUGCAGAAAACUUUGAAGGAUGAGUCUUCUGUUACUUGCAAGUUGGCUUGUACAGCUGUGAGGCAUUGUGUUAUGAGUCUGUGUAGUAGUAGCUACAGCGAAUUAGGGUUACAGCUGAUCAUCGAUUUGCUGGCCCUGAGGAAUAGCUCCUACUGGCUGGUGAGGACAGAGCUUUUGGAAACUCUUGCAGAGAUUGACUUUAGGCUGGUGAGCUUUUUGGAGGCAAAAGCAGAAAACUUGCACAGAGGGGCUCAUCAUUACACAGGGCUUUUAAAACUGCAAGAACGAGUGCUCAAUAAUGUCGUCCUCGAUUUGCUGGGGGAUGAAGACCCCAGAGUGCGACACGUGGCUGCAGCCUCAUUAAUGAGGCUUGUCCCAAAGCUAUUUUAUAAAGGUGACCAAGGACAAGCUGAUCCAGUAGUGGCCGUGGCAAGAGAUCAAAGCAGUGUUCACCUGAAACUUCUCAUGCACGAGACACAGCCUCCAUCUCACUUCUCUGUCAGCACGGUAACCAGAAUAUACAGAGGCUAUAACUUACUACCAAGCAUAACAGAUGUCACGAUGGAAAAUAAUCUCUCAAGAAUUAUUGCAGCAGUUUCUCAGGAACUAAUCACAUCAACCACAAGAGCACUCACAUUUGGAUGCUGUGAAGCCUUGUGUCUUCUUUCAACUGCCUUCCCAGUUUGCAUUUGGAGUUUAGGCUGGCAUUGUGGAGUACCCCCCCUGAACACUUCAGAUGAUUCUAGAAAGAGCUGUACGGUUGGGAUGGCCACAGUGAUUCUUACCCUGCUUUCAUCAGCUUGGUUCCCGUUGGAUCUCUCAGCCCAUCAAGAUGCUUUGAUUUUGGCUGGAAAUUUGAUUGCAGCCAGUGCCCCCAAAUCUCUGAGAAGUUCAUGGACCUCUGAAGAAGAAGUCAUCCCAACAGCCAAUAAGCAAGAGGAGGUCUGGCCAGCCCUGGGUGACCGGACCCUGGUGCCCAUGGUGGAGCAGCUCUUCUCCCACCUGCUGAAGGUGAUUAAUAUCUGUGCUCAUGUCUUGGAUGAUGUGGCUCCUGGACCAGCAAUAAAGGCAGCCUUACCUUCUCUAACAAACCCCCCUUCUCUAAGUCCUAUCCGGCGAAAGGGAAAGGAGAAAGAACCGGGAGAACAGGCAUCUGUCCCACUGAGUCCCAAGAAAGGCAGCGAGACCAGCACAGCCUCCAGACAAUCUGAUCCUUCAGGGCCUGUGACAACAAGCAAAUCCUCAUCACUGGGGAGUUUCUACCAUCUCCCUUCAUACCUCAAAUUGCAUGACGUCCUCAAAGCUACUCACGCCAACUACAAGGUUACCUUGGAUCUUCAGAACAGCACUGAAAAGUUUGGGGGAUUCUUGCGUUCUGCGUUGGACGUUCUCUCUCAGAUUCUGGAGCUGGCAACGCUGCAUGACAUUGGGAAGUGUGUUGAAGAGAUCCUGGGGUAUCUGAAGUCCUGCUUUAGUCGAGAGCCAAUGAUGGCAACUGUCUGUGUCCAACAGUUGUUGAAGACUCUCUUUGGGACAAACUUGGCCUCCCAGUUUGAUGGCUCAUCUUCCAACCCCAGCAAGUCUCAAGGCCGAGCACAACGGCUUGGCUCUUCCAGUGCAAGGCCAGGCUUGUACCACUACUGCUUCAUGGCUCCGUACACCCACUUCACCCAGGCCCUUGCUGAUGCCAGCCUGAGGAACAUGGUGCAGGCGGAGCAGGAACACGACACAUCGGGAUGGUUUGAUGUACUCCAGAAAGCAUCUACCCAAUUGAAAACAAAUCUCACGAGUGUCACAAAGAACCGGGCAGAUAAGAAUGCUAUUCAUAAUCACAUUCGUUUAUUUGAGCCUCUUGUUAUAAAAGCUUUAAAACAGUACACAACAACAACAUCCGUGCAAUUACAGAAGCAGGUUUUAGAUUUGCUGGCGCAACUUGUUCAGUUACGGGUUAAUUACUGUCUUCUGGAUUCAGAUCAGGUGUUUAUUGGCUUUGUUUUGAAACAGUUUGAAUACAUUGAAGUGGGCCAGUUCAGGGAAUCAGAGGCAAUUAUUCCUAACAUCUUUUUCUUCCUGGUAUUACUGUCUUAUGAGCGCUAUCAUUCAAAACAGAUCAUUGGAAUUCCUAAAAUCAUUCAGCUCUGCGAUGGCAUCAUGGCCAGUGGGAGGAAGGCAGUGACACACGCCAUACCGGCCCUGCAGCCCAUUGUCCACGACCUCUUUGUAUUAAGAGGGACAAAUAAAGCUGAUGCAGGAAAAGAGCUUGAAACUCAGAAAGAAGUAGUGGUCUCAAUGUUACUGAGACUCAUCCAGUACCAUCAGGUGUUGGAGAUGUUCAUUCUCGUCUUGCAGCAGUGUCACAAGGAGAACGAAGACAAGUGGAAGCGGCUGUCUCGACAGAUAGCAGACAUCAUCCUCCCCAUGUUAGCCAGACAGCAGAUGCACAUUGACUCCCAUGAAGCCCUUGGCGUGUUAAAUACUUUAUUUGAGAUUUUGGCCCCUUCCUCACUCCGGCCGGUGGACAUGCUAUUACGGAGUAUGUUCGUAACCCCAGACACAAUGGCAUCUGUGAGCACUGUUCAGCUGUGGAUAUCAGGGAUCCUAGCCAUUUUGCGGGUUCUGAUUUCUCAGUCGACUGAAGACAUUGUCCUCUCUCGAAUUCAGGAGCUUUCCUUCUCUCCACAUGUAGUGUCCUGCCCAGUGAUCAGUAGGUUAAGAGACGGCGGGAAUAACUCAGCGCUGGAAGAGCACAGUGAAGGGACACAAGUGAAGAACUUGCCAGAAGAAACAUUCUCUAGGUUUCUGUUACAGCUGGUUGGUAUUCUUUUAGAGGACAUUGUUACAAAACAGCCCAAGGUGGAAAUGAGUGAGCAGCAACAUACUUUCUACUGCCAAGAACUAGGCACACUGCUGAUGUGUCUGAUCCACAUCUUCAAGUCCGGAAUGUUCCGGAGAAUCACAGCAGCUGCCACUAGACUGUUCACUAGUGACGGCUGUGACGGCACUUUCUAUAGCCUGGAGAGCCUAAACCUGCGGGUGCGCACUAUGGUCCCCACACACCCGGCCCUGGUGCUGCUGUGGUGUCAGAUCCUGCUGCUCGUCAAUCACACUGACCACCGUUGGUGGGCAGAGGUGCAGCAGACCCCGAGAAGACACAGUCUGUCCAGCACGAAGUUACUUAGUCCCCAGAUAUCUGGAGAAGAGGAGCAUUCUGACUUGGCAGACAAACUUGGAGUGUGCAAUAGAGAGAUAGUGCGAAGAGGGGCUCUUAUUCUCUUCUGCGAUUAUGUGUGUCAGAACCUCCAUGACUCAGAGCACUUAACAUGGCUCAUUGUGAAUCACAUUCAAGAUCUGAUUAGCCUGUCCCAGGAGCCUCCAGUGCAAGACUUCAUUAGCGCUGUUCAUCGGAACUCUGCUGCUAGCGGCCUGUUCAUCCAGGCCAUCCAGUCACGGUGUGAGGACCUCUCAUCUCCAACCACUCUGAAGAAAACUCUGCAGUGCCUGGAAGGGAUCCAUCUCAGCCAGUCAGGCGCUGUGCUCACACUGUAUGUAGACAGGCUACUGUGUACCCACUUCCGUGUGCUGGCUCGCAUGGUGGACAUCCUUGCGUGUCGCCGGGUAGAAAUGCUUUUGGCUGCAAAUUUACAGAGCAGCAUGGCCCAGUUGCCAGGGGAAGAACUCAACAGAAUCCAGGAGUACCUUCAGCGCAGUGGGCUGGCCCAGAGACACCAAAGGCUCUAUUCCCUGCUGGACAGGUUUCGUCUUUCCACCAUACAGGACUCACCCAGUCCCUCUCCUCCAGUCUCUUCCCACCCGCUGGAUGGGGACGGGCAUGUGUCCCUAGAAACAGUGAGUCCAGACAAGGACUGGUACAUGCAUCUUGUCAAAUCCCAAUGUUGGACUAGGUCAGAUUCUGCGCUGCUGGAAGGUGCAGAGCUGGUGAAUCAGAUUCCUUCCCAGGAGAUGAGUGCCUUCAUGAUGAACCCGGAGUUCAACCUAAGCCUAUUAGCUCCAUGCUUAAGCCUAGGCAUGAGUGAGAUUUCUGCUGGCCAGGAGAGUCCCCUUUUUGAAGCAGCCUGCGAAGUGACUCUGGGUCGAGUGGCCAGCCUUGUUCAGCAGCUUCCUGCUGUCCACCACGUCUUCCAGCCCUGCCUACCUUCAGGGCCCACAGCUUACUGGAGCAAGCUGAGUGAUCUAUUUGGGGAUGCCACGUGGUAUCGGUCCCUGACCACACUGGCCCGGGCCCUGGCCCAGUACCUGAUGGUGGUUUCCAAGCUGCCGAGUCAUCUGCACCUUCCUCUGGAGAAGGAGAGGGACACAGUGAAGUUUGUGGUGAUGACCCUUGAGGCCCUGUCGUGGCAUCUGAUCCACGAGCAGAUCCCACUGAGUCUGGACCUCCAGGCAGGGCUGGACUGCUGCUGCCUGGCCCUGCAGCUGCCCAGCCUCUGGAGUGUGGUCGCCUCCGCAGAGUCCGUGACCCACGCCUGCUCCCUCAUCCACUGCGUGCACUUCAUCCUGGGAGCCAUUGCCGUGCAGCCUGGAGAGCAGCUUCUUAGUCCAGAAAGAAGGCCCAGCGCACCGAAGGCUGCCAGAGGGGAAGGCGAAGUGGAUCCCAACACACAGAAUCCCCAGUACAUCACCUCAGCCUGCGAGAUGAUAGCAGAAAUGGUGGAGUCUCUGCAGUCAGUAUUAGCCUUGGGUCACAAGAGGAAUAGCAGCGUGCCAGCGUUUCUCACACCUGUGCUCAAGAACAUCAUCAUCAGCCUGGCCCGCUUGCCCCUCGUCAACAGCUAUACGCGUGUGCCUCCCCUGGUGUGGAAGCUUGGGUGGUCACCCAAACCAGGAGGGGAUUUUGGCACAGCAUACCCAGAGAUCCCCGUGGAGUUUCUCCAGGAAAAGGAAGUCUUUAAGGAGUUCAUCUACCGAAUCAACACACUAGGAUGGACCAGUCGUACCCAGUUUGAAGAAACAUGGGCCACCCUCCUUGGUGUCCUGGUGACCCAGCCCCUUGUGAUGGAGCAGGAGGAGAGCCCACCAGAGGAAGACACAGAAAGGACCCAGAUUAAUGUCCUGGCUGUGCAAGCCAUCACCUCCCUGGUGCUCAGUGCGAUGACUGUGCCUGUGGCCGGCAAUCCAGCCGUGAGCUGCUUGGAGCAGCAGCCACGGAACAAGCCCCUGAAAGCUCUGGACACCAGAAUUAAAAACAAAAGCACUGUGCAGGUGGCCUUACUGCAAGCGGUGCUGAUCCAAAAGUUUGGGAGGAAGCUGAGCAUUAUCCGUGGGAUUGUUGAGCAGGAGAUUCAAGCAAUGGUUUCAAAGCGAGAGAACAUUGCCACUCAUCAUUUGUACCAGGCAUGGGAUCCUGUCCCUUCUCUGUCUCCGGCCACUACAGGUGCCCUCAUCAGCCACGACAAGCUGCUGCUGCAGAUCAACCCUGAGCGGGAGCUGGGGAACAUGAGCUACAAGCUUGGCCAGGUGUCCAUACACUCUGUGUGGCUGGGGAACAACAUCACACCCCUGAGGGAAGAGGAGUGGGAUGAGGAAGAGGAGGAGGAGGCUGAUGUCCCUGCACCGUCAUCGCCACCUACAUCUCCAGUCAACUCCAGGAAGCACCGGGCUGGAGUUGACAUCCACUCCUGCUCCCAGUUCCUACUUGAGUUGUACAGUCGCUGGAUCCUACCAUCGAGCUCAGCCAGAAGGACACCCAUCAUCCUGAUCAGUGAAGUGGUUCGAUCGCUUCUAGUGGUCUCAGACUUGUUCACCGAACGCAAUCAGUUUGAGAUGAUGUAUUCAACGCUGACAGAGCUACGGCGGGUACAUCCUUCAGAGGACGAGAUUCUCGUUCAAUAUUUGGUGCCGGCCACCUGUAAGGCGGCUGCUGUCCUUGGAAUGGACAAGGCUGUGGCAGAGCCGGUCAGUCGCCUGCUAGAAAGCACGCUCAGGAGCAGCCACCUGCCCAGCAGGAUCGGAGCCCUGCACGGUGUCCUCUACGUGCUGGAGUGCGACCUGCUGGAUGACACGGCAAAGCAGCUGAUCCCAGUCGUCAGUGACUAUCUCCUCUCCAACCUCAAGGGAGCAGCCCACUGCGUGAACAGUCACAGUCAGCAGCAUGUGCUGGUGAUGUGUGCCACUGCCUUCUAUUUGGUUGAGAACUACCCUUUGGAUGUGGGGCCAGAAUUUUCGGCAUCAGUAAUACAGAUGUGUGGGGCAAUGUUGUCUGGAAGCGAGGAGUGUACCCCCUCCGUAAUCUACCACUGCGCCCUCAGGGGCCUGGAGCGUCUCCUGCUCUCUGAGCAGCUCUCACGGCUGGACGCAGAGUCCCUGGCCAAGCUGAGCGUGGACAGAGUGAACGUGCAUAGCCCACACCGGGCCAUGGCGGCCCUGGGCCUGAUGCUCACCUGCAUGUACACAGGAAAGGAAAAAAUCAGUCCGGGUAGAACCUCAGAUCCUAACCCUACAGCUCCAGACAGCGAGUCGGUGAUUGUGGCUAUGGAGCGAGUGUCUGUCCUUUUUGAUAGGGUCAGGAAGGGGUCUCCCUGUGAAGCCAGAGUGGUGGCCAGGAUCCUGCCUCAGUUUCUAGCUGACUUCUUCCCAGCCCAGGACGUCAUGAACAAGGUCAUCGGAGAGUUUCUGUCCAACCAGCAGCCUUAUCCACAGUUCAUGGCCACUGUGGUGUCCAAGGUGUUUCAGACACUGCACAGCACCGGACAGUCAUCCAUGGUUCGCGACUGGGUCAUGCUGUCCCUCUCCAACUUUACACAGAGGACCCCGGUCGCCAUGGCCACAUGGAGUCUCUCCUGCUUCUUUGUCAGCGCAACCACCAGCCCCUGGGUCGCGGCAAUCCUUCCUCACGUCAUCAGCAGGAUGGGCAAACUGGAGCAGGUGGAUGUGAACCUUUUCUGCCUGGUUGCCACAGACUUUUACAGACACCAGAUAGAAGAGGAGCUCGACCGCAGAGCCUUCCAGUCUGUGUUUGAGGUGGUUGCAGCUCCAGGAACCCCAUACCACCGGCUGCUGACUUGUUUGCAAAAUGUCCACAAAGUCACCACCUGCUAAGCGCCAGGGCUGGAGAGGCUGCGAGGUAGAGGUACCUGGUGUCAAAGCCUCCAGGAGCCUGUGCCAAGUGCCCUGCCUCCACUGGGCUGGCGUGGUCAGCACAGGCUUCCGCUCAUGCCACAGGUGGCCAGGCAGUGCGCCAGUCCUUGUCUUAUGGCAAAAGUGCCCUUGGCGAUGAGGUAGCUGGGCAGUGGGUUGAGCCUGAGGCCUCUGACAGAGCAGGAGCCACCGGCUGCCAGCCCUAGGCUGCGGUGGUAGCAGUGCCCGUGUGCCAGGUGCUGGCCUCUUCUAAUGCUCACCUUUUGGUUGGAACCAGGUUGCAGCUAACUUUGUGGGAUAAAAGUCCUCCUACAGGCUGGCCGCGAUUCCCCUCUGCUGUCCUGCAGGCAGAAGGCUCCAUCAGCAGGCUUGGGGAGCAUUGCCAUGCAUCUCCGCGGCAGGGGGUGUGGGCCACACCCCGUGUCUGAAUGCAUGGAAGCUGCAGUCCAUGCUGGGCCAGUGGCCUGGAGCAUCACACACCCGGCCCCAUUCUCCCUGUCUCUGUUUUCUUCUCAGGAUAUAAAAUUUAAUUAUAUCAGUAAAGAGAUUAAUUUUAAUGUAACUCUUUCUAUGCCCGUGUAAAGUAUGUGAAUUGCAAGCCCCGUGCUGCAUGCCAUAAUGUCUGUGGAAGUGGACAGGCCCCUCUGGCCACGGCCCCUCUCGCAGCCACUCGCACAGCCCUGCACAUCCCCGUUGAAGCUCCUGCAGCACAUGUUCCUGUUCUAUGCAUGCAUUCGCGUGCACCUGAGGGUAGGGAGGUGUUGGUGUUCAGGUGACUGUAGCAGGGUCUUCCUGAGGGCCCCUGUGAGGGAGGACUGGGGUGCCCACCACCACCACCUCGUGUUUCGAGUCAUGGCCCCCACCACCCCUCCUCAGGCACAAACUCCACAUUCUCCACCCACUAGUAAGGAUGGGGCUUCCCUAUCUCACAGCUAGGAGCAGCCUCUGUUAUGCCCAAAGAUGCUGGUGGGUCUGCCCCAGCAGCUAGCUAGCUGGUUUGGGAGUGGUAUGCCUGGCCUUGGCAGCCCCAGGGGUCACUAAAUUGCAUUUUAUCCAGCCCCUCUUAGUCAAGAGAGCAAAGCUUGGUGUCUUGGCCACUGUUAGUGCCAGAGCCCAGCAGCCCUGCCCCUUUCCAGCCCACACUACACCCAGGCUUCUGCCUGGUCAGGAAAGUGCAGCUCUAUGCCCACUCUGAGGGCAGAAUGGCAUGGGGAGGGAGGACUGGUCAGCUCAGCCUGGCAUCAGCACCAUGGCCUGGCAGAGCCACUUCCUGUCCUGUUUCCAGGCCCGAAGUAGUCAAGUCACUAAAAUGGAAGUGAGACCUGGACAGCAGGUGGCCCUUGACAUGGGAGCUGGAUCAGGGAGUCCUGCUUACCAUUGGCCUAAGACAGGGCUGGUGUUCUGCUUCCCCAGCCUCUAGAGGCAGCCCUAGGUGGGUUGGUGACUAUCAUGCUGGUUGGUUCAGUUGUGGCCAUUGAUGUUUGGGGCAUUUAACGUGCUAAAUGGAGAUAAUUUGGGAGCUAUUUUCCAAAGUCUGUGUAAGUGCUGCUUUGACAACCCUGAGCUUCCGUCUGUCCCUUCAAUUAGAAGGCAGCCAGGAUGCAAGGCUGUCUGCUGCUGAGCAGUCGAGGGGAGCCUAUGGGCCCUUCCUCAGAGAACCCUCUGCCAGGCCCGUGAGGCUUUCCUGCCAGCCUCCAGCAGAGGCCUCCCACAGCCAGGACCAGCUCACCCUAGUGCUGGGGAACACUGCUGCAGAACAGUAAAAAUGGAUCCCAGUUUUGAGGAGGACCGUAAGGAAAGCUACUGAAUUGUAAUGAGAAGAAAGUCACCAUUCUCUGUUACUGGUGUGGGACUCCCAUUUCUCAUCCCAGCUUCUCUGUUGAAAGCCUGCUAGAAUAUUUGUGGAUGGUGGAAAAGUCCUCAGGACUUGUUGCUGCCCCAACCCAAGUUAUUGCAGCAGCUCUGAGAGGGGAGUGUCGUAGGGCCAGAUGUUCCUGGCUAGUUGUUUACAUUUGUAAGAAGUAACACUGUGAAUGUAAAAUUUGGAGUCAUUCCCUGUAGAGUUCAUAUUGCUGGCUCAGCACAGAGUUUAACUGGCCACCUUUGUUCACGAUGUGACCUCAGUAGUCAGUGUUCAGCAGAUGCCUGUGUGCGCCAGAGGAGCGUGAGUUUCUGAGCAACAUGACUCUGCUCCUGCAUAAGUAUUCACACGUGUGCAUACCCACAUACCUGUAAUUCAUAUCCACACACACACACAUCUCAAGACAAAUAUGCAAGGCCUCUACGAAUGCCCAUGUCGGCUUUUCUUUGAGGUUGCCUUUUCUAGACCUGCCGCGUGAAGUCAGAUGCAGGCCUCACGACUAAGAAUGGGACUCACUGAAAGUAGGGUUGUUCAUUGCUCGUUGAAAUCCCUCUGGAGAAAGCAGUCUACCUUAGCACCCCUCUGCAGGAGGGAUUAAGCCCUGAUCAAGUUCCAAGAAAUCCAUGACAAGUACCAAUCAUAUUGCCAAUCCAAACUGUUGAAAAGGUCAUUAAUUUGGUUGUUAAGAUUUUUUGAGGCGAUUUUGGGGGUUGUUUUUAUUUUCCUGUUGGUACUAUCAAGAAAGAUUUUAAUGAAACCAGGGUAGAAUUGUUUGGCAGUGCACUUAAGCAAACACGCCUCCCUUCCCCUGCUGGUCCGGGUCAGUGUACAUGAGGGACGUUUCCAACUGCCAAGUGCCCUUUAUUACUAUUCUCUCUCAUUUUUGCCAGCACAUGUAUCCUUUCAGGAGGAAAGCGUGAAGCGGAAACACCUAAGACCCAGAGCAUAGCAUCAGAGAAGCCCUAUGCCCUAAAGGACGCCCUUGGCCACCCUCCCUGACCGCUCAUUUCAGAGUGGAAUAAGCAGCUUCUCAUGGAGCUGGCCCAGGCCCUGCCGCCACCCAUUCAGCUCGGGGGCACAGCCCUAAACACAGCAAUAACUGCUUCAGGGGCUAGGCUGAACUUGAAUCUGUGUGUUUAGGGGUGUGAAAUUAGCCUCCUCAUGCCACUUGUGAGCAGCCUCCCUAGUGAAUGUCCUCACUCGGCACCCUCUGUGGUGGCUGCGGGCCAGAGUGGACUUGGAGUUGUUCUCUGGUGCGGCUGGGUAUGGGACCAAGGAGAAGGAAGACGUGGAGAGGAACAGGCUCAGUGGAGAGCUGGGGAUGGCUGGGGCAGGGAGGAGCCACUCGCUUGCUGGAGCCUGGCACUGCUGGGAAAGAGGGACCCGCUCAGAGACCUGUGUUACAGCUGAAGGCCAUGUGGGAGCCAGUAGGGCUGUGAUGGGCAAGCCCCGGAGCCCUGCUCAGACCCAGCCAUUGGCUUCCAACAGGAAAGGGAAGGACUGACAUGAGAUGUAUAUUUAAAUUUUUUUAACUGCUGCAAAUAUUGUACAUCCAAAUUUAAGGAAAAAAAUUAAACUAUGAAUUGCUGCUAUACAAAACUUGCUU